AUGGCUCCAGGUACAGCCCAACAGUCGCAACAGCGGCAGUUUGUGCAUCCAACCGCCAGUCAUGCCAAGAAAAAAGCUCCAAGCGCAUAUUCUAUGCAACCGAUUUCCGCCUUCUACUGGUUCCUCGGUGCCGCUCUCGUAUCCGCCUGGUUCGCCCCGAUUCAAGAUUGCGAUGAGACGUUCAAUUACUGGGAGCCGACUCACUACUUGUCCCAUGGCUAUGGUCUUCAGACGUGGGAAUAUUCUCCAGACUAUGCUAUACGCAGCUGGCUCUACGUCGCCUUUCACGCCAUUGUCGGCAAUGUGCGUCGAAUAUUUCCUCACUCGAACAAGGUCGCCGAAUUCUACUUUGUGCGGUUUGGGCUAGCAUUCGUGUGCGCCAUCACUCAGACGAUCCUUUUCAUGGUCACCAGCACCACGCUCAAUAGCCGAAUUGGCCUCUUCUUCCUCAUCGCAACUAUUGCAAGCCCUGGGAACUUCCAUGCAAGCACUGCUUACCUUCCAUCGAGCUUUGCGAUGUACCUGGUCACUGUUGGAGCUGCAGCUUUUAUGAACUGGCGAGGUGGUCUCAAGACUUCUCAGGGCAUGUUUUGGUUUGCUGCUGCUGGAAUUCUGGGAUGGCCUUUUGCUGCUGCGCUUUGUGCGCCCUUUAUGCUCGAAGAGCUCAUCCUGCUUUUAUUUGGUGACAAGACAGCGUUGUGGGAAGCAUUUGUUCGCAUUGGUCGUGGUGUAGUUUCUGCAAUCUUGCUUCUUGCCGGUGACUACUUUGUCAACCUCUUCUUCUAUAAGAAGGCGGUUUCUGUGACAUGGAACAUUGUCAAGUAUAACAUCUUCUCGUCAAACCAUGGCCCAGAGCUAUAUGGAACAGAGCCUUGGACAUUCUACUUCAAGAAUCUGGCUCUGAACUUCAACCUAUGGUUUGUUCUGGCUCUUGCUGCUCUGCCUCUCUUCAUACUCCAGAAGAUCAUUUCACCAUCCGGCCAAGGGUUCCAGACCGGGUUAAGAACCGUUGUGUUUCUCUCUCCCUUCUACAUGUGGCUGGCUAUCUUCAGCGCACAGCCUCACAAGGAGGAAAGGUUCAUGUAUCCGGCCUAUCCUUUCCUAGCGCUCAACGCAGCCAUUUCUCUUCAUAUGAUUUUGACUGCUUUGGGCAACUCUGAUCCUAAGUCCCUUGUUGGAAAGAUUCCUGCCAAGCUAAAGCUCCUGGUUGUUACUCUCACCAUGAUUCUGUCUAUCGAUGUCGCUCUUUUCCGUGUCUACGGUAUCUGGUCCGCUUACUCUGGACCUAUGAAGAUUUACUCUCCCCUGUGGGAGGGGACAGAUGGCAAAGAGCCCAUCGGCCGUGAGGAGGAUACCGUCUGCUUCGGAAAAGAGUGGUAUCGUUUCCCUUCAUCUUACUUUCUGCCCAGGGAUAUGCAUGCCAGAUUUGUCCGCUCCGAGUUCAGAGGUCUUCUGCCUGGUGAGUUCGCCGAAGCCGAGACUGGCUUCGGCUUUUGGAGCGGCACUUGGCUUCCAACAGCGGGUAUGAAUGAUCACAACGAGGAGGAUUUGGGCAAAUACACGGAGCUCCCUGCGUGCGCAUUCUUGGUCGACACUCAAUACCCAGAGAGACAUGACCCUCUGCCGCCAAAUGAACCCGACUACAUUGCAGACGAGAAGAACUGGGAAAUUGUCAAGUGCGAGCCUUUCCUUGACGCUGCCAAGACACACAUGCUCGCAAGGACUCUUUGGGUUCCGGAUGCGUCAUUCAUCCCGGACAAGUUCAAGAGAAAAUGGGGUAGGCACUGUCUGUUGCAGCGAAAGAAGGCUGCUGAGCCUGCUGCUGCCAACUAG